GGCGCAUGCGCAGUGGGAUCUCCCGAUGCCUUCCGCUGAGCGCUGGCUGUUUCCGUCUUGCCCUGCGUCACCGGGCCGGGGCCAUGUUUCGGACGGUUGGGAGCUGGUUCGGGCUGGAGGAGCUGCCGCCGGGCGGCCAGGGCGGUCCCGCCGAAGGAACGGCGGGCGGAGACGCGGCCCCGGAUGCGACAAGUCAGGUCAAAGGGCUGGGCGAUUAUUUGUUCAGUUUUGCCACUGCUGCUACAAAAAAGAUAUCUGAAUCAGUGGUUGAGACUGCACAAACUAUAAAGAAAUCUGUGGAAGAAGGAAAUAUUGAUGGUGUGAUUGACAAGACUAUCAUUGGGGAUUUCCAAAAGGAACAAGACAAGUUUGUGCAAGAAAAGCUUGUAAAGAAAACAGAUGCUGCAGUACCUCCUUGGGUUGGAUACAGUGAAGAAGAAACUAUUCAACAGCAAAUCUUAGCAUUGUCAGCAGAGAGGAGAAAUUUUCUGCGAGACCCUCCAGCAGGAGUCCAAUUUAAUUUUGACUUUGAUCAGAUGUAUCCCGUUGCUGCUGUAAUGCUUCAGGAAGAUGAACUCCUUAACAGAAUGCGAUUUGAUCUUGUUCCAAAGCUUGUGAAGGAAGAAGUAUUCUGGAGAAACUACUUUUACAGAGUGUCACUUAUCAAACAAUCAGCACAGCUUACUGCUCUAGCUGCUCAACAACAGACAGUUGACCAAGAGGAGAAAGAAGACAGCAAAGCAGAUGAUUCCCAUUUGACAGAAACAAUAAGAUCAAAAACACCACCAUUUCCUAUCAAAACUCAAACAGAAUCUCAAGAGGAGGAAGAAGAAAUUUCUACAAGUCCAGGUGCUACAGAAUUUAUUAGUGAUACAUAUGAUGGGUGCGAUCUAAACCAAGAGGAUCUGCGGAAAGAAAUUGAGCAGUUUGUGUUGGAUAAGAAGGAUGGUGAUUCAAAAGAAGCAUCUGCUGACUGGGAAGAGGAACUGCAGCAGGAACUUCAAGAUUAUGAGGUGGUGGCUGAGACAGAAAAAACAGAUGAAAAUUGGGAUAAGGAGAUUGAAGAGCUGUUAAAAGCUGAUGGUUGAAUUGGACAAUGUUGCACUCCAGUAGUCUCACUGGCACAAAACCUGACAGGACUCGCAUGAUUCUUGAAUUUUCUUAACACAAAGUCAUCUGAAAAGAUAACUUUUACACUAACUUGUGGGAAUCGUUAUGAAUAAAAUGGGACUUGUAGUAUGAUUCUUCCAUAAUCCAGAGUAAUUUACCUUUUUAUAUUCUCAAGGCAGGUGAGAAAAGUUGAAUUUCUAAUUACAAGGAUUUAUGCAUUCUGUGUUUAUACCUACCAUUAAUACCACUUAAUGCAUUCCAUGUAAUAGUGAUUUUUAGCUGAAUACAAAAUAUCUGCCUGGUGCAAGUAAAAUUAUGAUGUAGGCAUAAGAUUUCAUUAUGCCUCUCAUUUCAGUCCUAAAUAGAUGAUAGAAGUUCCUUAACAAGUUAGUUAUGGAUUUGAUAUAAUUCAAUUGUACUGAAUUAAAAAUGGUAUUACAUGGAA